AUGGAAAAUGUUAAACAAUGUAUAAUCAUAGGAUGUGGUUUAACAGGUCCUGUAAUGGGAAUGUUAUUGGUUAAAUAUAAAGUAUUCGAAGCAAAGGAUAUUAUUAUAUUUGAAAGAGCAAGGGAGGAACAACUAUCAAGUAGUCUUGGUGCGAGUAUGUGUAUUGCUUCCACUGGAAUGUCGGUUUUAGAGGAAAUUGGUGUAGCUGAACAAGUUGCCAAUGCCGGUGUGGCCAUUUCAAGAUAUUGUUAUCAAAAAUGUGAUGGACAACAGCUGGGAGAGUAUGACAUUGGUUAUUUCAAAGAUAGAUAUGGUUCUAUGAUGUAUGGUGUUGAAAGACAUACUCUUAGACAGUUAUUACUCGAAUCUGCUCGGUCACUUGGGAUAAAAGUCUUGUUUAACAAAUCAUUGGAAAGAGUCGAGCAAGAAAAUGACAGUCAUGUCACUGCGACAUUUAGUGAUGGUACUAAAUACCAAUCCCAAAUACUUAUUGGUGCCGAUGGUAUUCAUUCAAAUGUUAGAAAAAGUUUGUUUAAACAACAAGGUGGUGAACAAGCUUGUUUAGACUAUUCUGGGUAUAGUUUGAUUUAUGGUGUAGCAGAAAGGAAAAAUGAAAUGGACAGUACAUUUCACUCUAGUAUAGCAUUGGGUAAAUAUAUGAUUACAUAUCCGUGUUCACCAACACAUCAAUGUUGGGUCAUCAACAAGUCAGAAAAAGAGGAAAAAGAACAAUGGAAAAUGAUGCACCAAUCAGAUGUUGAACGUGUCUUUAAAGAGAAUCAAGAGUUUCAAAACACCUAUUUCAAAGACACAAUUACAAACACCAAGAGAUUAUUCAAGGUUGGAAUCUAUCAUCAUCCACAAGACCUACUCUCUCAACCAUGGAGUUUGGGUAGAGUCGUUCUCAUUGGCGAUUCAGCUCAUUCUAUUAGUCCUCACCUUGGUCAAGGUUUAAAUCUUGGUUUACAAGAUACCAAACAAUUAACUAUUGUUCUUAAACAACAACAACAACAACAAGUAGGAGUAAGGGAUUGUUCAUGGACAAUAGAAUCACUCGGUAAGGCAUUUAAAUUGUACGAGAUAAAGAGAUCAUUUCCAACUAAAAUGAUAAUCAACAAAUCCAAUCAACAAAUUAAAGAUAAAAUAUCUUGUACAACGGAUGACUUUGAAAAAGAGUGUCUUCAAACUAUCAAAUAUUGGUCAAAUCAAAAUAUUGAAACCAUUCAAAAUGAUUUCGAUCGUAGAUUUGGUUAUUCCCAACAACAAAAAUAA